UUACAACGGGGAGCAUAUCCCACCCCGCCGCCGUCCUCCUCGCCGCCUCCGACGCUCUCGACGCUCUCCACCCUAUCCCCCAGCACCCGGGCCACAGGCGACAACCGACACAUCCAACAACACGACACGACACGGCAACACGGUGGAGCCCUAGCCCCCCGUACCACACUCCACAAUGCCCAGCGGUAUCCCCACCCGACGCGCGCCCCGUCUCGCCGACGAGAACGCCCCCGUCCCCACCGCCCCCACCACCCGCACACGCUCCAAAGCUGCCAUCUCCACCACCACCUCGCACGCCGUCAAGCCCACCACCUCCAUUCCCGUCAUCAAACGUACCCGCUCCACCGCUACCGCCUCUUCCCAGGGCAAGGAGGCUGAGAAUGCCAAGCCUGCUCCUGCCGAGAGGCGUAUGUUGGGCGAGGUCCGGAACGGAAAGGGUGCGGUGGAGAAGAAGGGUGUGGGGGUGGGGAAGGAUGGGAAGAAGGGUGUGAGGGAGGAUAGGAAGCCGCUCGCUACGACUCUCCAAGUCCAGCGCCCGACGCGCGCUGCGAGUGCCCAGCCGGCCGUAGCAGGCGACCGCGACCGCGUAACAGGCAAGCGCAAGGCGCCUGUCGUCAGCAGCAAGGUCGUCAGCCGUGCGCGUUCGACCGGUGCUGAGCCCCUCCAAGACGCGGGCACGAGGCCUGUCGUCAAGAUCGAGCAGAAGCCGAUAGUGGAGGAUGAAGAGCCGCGGGCAAAGCGGAGAAAGACGUCGUCCCCCGUCUUGCAAGAGGUGGACGAGGAGCGGUAUGAGGCCGAGGAUGAGGGGCCAAAGGUUGAGGGAAAAGAGGUGCUGUUGUCGAGUGGGAGCAAGAAUGCGGUGGGGCUGAGGUCGCCCAAGGCCAAGGCGAAGGAUCAUGGGUGGAUGGACCUCGAUGCGGAGGACGAGGGUGAUCCCACGAUGGUCAGCGAGUAUGUCGUGGAGGCUUUCCAAUACAUGAUGGAUAUCCAACCUCAAACCAUGCCCCGCUCCGACUAUAUGGACAACCAAGCCGAGCUCGAAUGGAAAAUGCGCCAAAUCCUCAUGGACUGGAUCAUCGAGGUCCACUCCAAAUUCCGUCUCUUGCCCGAAACCCUCUUUAUCGCGACCAACCUCGUCGACCGCUUCCUCUCCAAACGCGUCAUCUCACUCGUCAAAUUCCAGCUCGUCGGCUUGACCGCCCUCUUCAUCGCGAGCAAGUAUGAAGAGGUGUGUUGCCCGGGGGUGGAACACUUUUUGAAAAUGUCGGAUGGGGGGUAUACGUUGGAAGAGUUGUUGAAGGCGGAGAGGUAUAUGCUGUCGACCUUGUCUUUUGACAUGUCGUACCCCAACCCUUUGAACUUUAUUAGGAGGAUCUCGAAGGCGGAUGGGUAUGAUAUCCAGACGAGGACCGUCGCCAAGUAUCUCGUCGAGAUCAGUUGCGUCGACGAGGCGUUGUUGGAGUAUGAGCCGAGCAUGUUGGCGGCUGCUAGUAUGUGGCUCGGGAGACUUUGUUUGGAGAGGGGUACUUGGGGACCGAACCUUGUGCAUUACUCGACGUAUUCGGAGGAAGAGAUCCUUCCCUGUGCGCAGGCCAUGUUGAACUAUAUCCUCGACCCCGAGUUUAGCGAGUCUACUACCUUUUACAAGAAAUACGCGAGCAAGAAACACAUGAAGGCUUCGGUGUAUGUGAGGACGUGGGCCGUCAACCUGUGGCCAGAGUCGACGACUGGGGAGAGCGAUAUACAGGGGAGGGAGUUGGAGGUGUUGAUUCGGGAGGAGAGGGAGAGGAGUGAUAGGAGUAGCUCAUAGAAGCUUGUCUCUUCUUCUCCCCGUUUUCACCCUCUUCACCAUACCUCCACCGGCUAUUGCAUACUUUCCCACUCGCACCACCCCACCACCCCGCUACCCCAGUCCCCAAACACCCUGCAUACCCAACCCUGACACAUCAUCCCAUGUAAAGCCCAAACGCAUCCCACCCCCCAAAUACCCCAGCAUACCCCAUCCCAUCCCAUCCAACAAAAACACGCAUGUUUGUUCCUUCCCCCCCGUCCCCUGCCCGUACCCCUUUCUCGUCCCCAUACCCGUUUGCGUAGCGUAGGUUCAUUCUUGUGUAGUCGUAUACCAUACCACCCACUUUCCAGUAGUCUAGUGCACCUUUUUUCUUUUCCUUCUCAACCUCGUAUUUUGGCGUUUCUUUUGCAUUCCUUUCUGUUUUCAGCAGAAAGAAGGACUAGGCAUGGCAGGGGUUUUGUUGUUCACAUUUUGGUGCUAGGAAAAGAGAAGGAGAGAGGGAGGAAGAGGGGAGAGCAUUUUAUAUAUAGAUACCAAAGAGAGUUCCGUUUAUGAUUCUAGUUUCUGUUUUUUGCGGGCUCGGGACGAGUCUUAUGAUGAAUAUUGAUGAAUUGCAUUACCAGCU